AUGAACAAAUUCGUGAAAAGUCUAUGUUUAUUUUGUGUUUUUAUAACGACAACAAAUCCCAGUUACAGUGAAGAGGAUGUAGCUCCAUCACAUCUGUCCAGACAUGAACUGGAGCAAGGUGGUGUGCAUGACUCGCUGAUGAAUAAAAUAUUAUUAGAUACGACAGAUCACAGUGAAGGUCGCAGUAUUGCUGCGGAAGCUGCAGAAAAUAGUGAUAAUGUGGAGAAGCAUUCAAAGCCAUUGAGAAGCAUUUUCUUGGGUAUUUAUAAAAACUAUAAAAGCACAUAUUUGGGUAAUAAAACCUUAACGGAAUACAAACAGACAUUAAGGGAGAAGAGUAUGAAAAAUAAACAACAACAUCAGCAACCACUACAAGAACAAGAACCACAACAGGCCACCGAAGCUAGCGAUCCAGAUGGUGAUGGUGAUAGUGAAAAUGAUGGCGUUGUUACGGAAUAUCCUGUUAAUGAGGCAGAAGAGGAAGAAGAUGAAGCAGAAGAACACACAGAAACCACAACGACAAGUGUGCCACCUUCACCUGCAAAGCAGCAGUCCACAAUGAAACUUUCACCAAUUAGAAAAAGAAAAUUUAAUGUCACUGAAAUUGAUAUCAACGAGCAGCAUUACAAUGUGGGACCAGCUCUCAACUUAAGCCUAGAUAUGGAUAAUAGUAUUGUUAAAGUGAACUUGGAUGGCGAAAGUUUAAGAGAACUUGUAACAGGUCGUUGGAUGAAUGACAACACCGAGGAAGGUCGUGGCAAGAAGUAUGAAAUGGUCACUCGAAUUUUACCACUUUUCAUUCUGCCAUUUCUAAUUCAGUCAGCCAUCGUUCCAUUCUUGGUAACGAAAUUGAAAUUGCUGCUAAUGAAAUCGAUAUUGGUGGGCAAGUUGGCAAUAUUUCUGCUGAUUAUAUCGGCAUUCCGCAAUAGCAACAAACAAAUGCAAACCUAUGAAGUGGCUCCUUCGUAUUGGGCUGGUGAACCAAGUCGAAGGUCAGAAUUGGCAGCCGCUGCAUCUAAUAUGGCAUACAAUGGUUAUCGGGUAGAGGGGAAACCAGCAGCUUGGGUUAAUUGAAAUUAAAUGGGCUCAUUGAAUAAUAAAAAAAAAUAAAUAAAUAAAAUUAAA